AUGGUUUGCGUAUUGGGUAUUGAAAGUUCAGCAAACAAGAUCGGGAUCGGUAUAAUACGAGACGGUAAAGUACUGUCUAAUCCGCGUGCAACUUUUCAUGCACCUCCUGGUGAAGGAUUCAGACCCAGCGAGACUGCACAACAUCAUCGUCAAAAUGUUUCUCUUGACGAAGCUAACAUCAAGCACCCUGAAAAGGAAAUUGAUGCGAUUGCAUAUACUAAAGGCCCAGGAAUGGGAGCUCCUUUGCAGGUCGGUGCAGUCGUUGCGCGCUCCUUGUCUUUGGCUUGGUCAUUGCCCUUAAUUCCCGUCAAUCACUGCAUUGGCCAUAUUGAAAUGGGCAGACUUGUGACUGGUGCAGACAAUCCUGUGGUGCUCUACGUUAGCGGUGGAAAUACUCAGGUCAUUUCUUAUUCUCAUCACAGAUAUCGUAUUUUCGGGGAGACCAUAGAUAUUGCUGUGGGUAAUUGCCUGGAUCGGUUUGCUCGUGUGGUUAAACUUCCCAACGAUCCCAGCCCUGGCUUUAAUAUUGAGCAAGCAGCCAAGACAGGUUUGUUCAGUUUCAGGGUACUCCCCGCCCCCAUCUUUGCAAGCCCCACCCACUUCAGUCUUCGAACCACAUUACUUUUAUUACCUCCAGACACUGUCGAAGUAUCGACCCUUGAUAGUAUAUUAUUGAUGUAA